AUGUCUGACCAAAAUGAUUUCAAGAAAUAUAAAUACGAGGAAAUGUCGAAUAAGGUGACUCAUGUGGAUCGAAGAUUCCUGAAUGAAACUGGAUCGCAUAACAACGAAAUAAGUUCUGUCCCUGAAACCAUCAAAGGAAGAAUCUCGUAUCGAGAUAUUGGUUCGAAAGUUUCAAGAGAAAGUAUUUCUGAGAAGGAAAGGACCCAAAUUCAAAGAGGAGACUUAGAGUUGAGUGAAUCUUCUUCGUUUUUCCUUUCUUCGGAUGUUAACGAAGGGCGACGUUUGGUACAAACUACGGACUUUGAGUCUUUAUCUUACUAUCCAAGAACAGAACAGACUAGAGAGUCUUAUAUGAAAAUCUUAACAUGGACGUCGAAGUACUUUGACAGUGACAUUUCAGAAGACAUACUGAGAUCGGGGGUUGACUUGAUGCUUGAAAUUUUGCAUACUGAUCUAGAUGGCAAGAAGAAUAGAUGCGAAGAAAUCUUGGAUCGACCCAUAUCUAAAGACGAUUUUUAUGAAUUGUCAAAACUAAGUGAGCAGUUGACUGACUACUCCAAAGAAACAGAGGAAAAUGAAAUCAAUAACAAUGGCGGUGUUGCUAUUGAACUGGACGAUAAUGAUGGUAACUUUAAAGAAAAUUAUAAUAACGAGCUUAAAAUUGCCACUGAUGAGAACGGUCAGCAAUACGACAAUUUGAGUGAUAGUGAUGCUACACAGUUGAAAGAGUCUAGUUCUUACUUCACAGAUGGUUUUGUUGAAGCCCAAAUUAUCAAACCCGAAAGAAAUCUAGCAAACAACGAUCUUUUGAUCCCAGAGUUUCAUAAAAUUGACCAGUUUUGGUUAAGGAAUCAAGUCGCCAAAUUAUAUCCAUCUGCACAGUCACACGAGCAUACGACGAUGACCCAAUCAUUGAUUGGAUUGAUGAAGCGUUUCAUGCAGGAAAAUAUAUCAUCAAGGAGUUUUGUAUCAGAAUUACUUCAGCUCUUGGGGCAAAGUAACUUAAAGUUUGUUCACGAGAUGGUUCAGAAUUCUCCAUACAUAUACUAUAGCAUGCAGCUGAAUAAUGCAUCAGAGGAGGAUGUGCCAAAGAUAUUGAAUGAGGUAAGUAACAGAAAACUUGAAUUUUUGGUUGCCCAGUAUAAUGAAUAUACUCAAAAGUUUUACAGUCCUGCUUCUAAAAAGAGAAGACUUGAAUCUUUACCCGAAAAACUAACAACUGAUUUUACUCAAAGAGAGCCUAGGCUGAUAGAUCUUCAGACACUGGUAUUUGAUCAGGGUUCGCACUUAAUGACAACAAAUAAAGUCAACCUUCCUAAUGGGUCAUUCAAAAGAGUGAAAAAAUCUUACGAAGAGUUUCAUAUUCCUGCUCCUGAACCUCCCACAAUGGGCUCAGAUGAAAGACUUGUUUCUAUUUCUGAGCUACCUAAUUGGGCUCAGCAGGCAUUUCCAAACUCUGAGACCUUAACUUUGAAUAGAAUUCAAUCAAAAGUUUACCCAAUUGCUUUUAAAGAAGAUGAGAACAUAUUACUGUGUGCUCCUACUGGUUCGGGAAAAACUAAUGUUGCUUUAUUGACAAUUUUACGAACCAUAUCAAAGUUUAGAAAUCAAGACACUGGAACGCUUGCAUUGAACAAGUUUAAAAUUGUUUAUAUUGCACCAUUAAAAGCUCUAGUCCAAGAACAAGUUAGGGAAUUUCAGAGAAGAUUUGAUUCGUUUGGAAUCAAAGUUGGCGAGUUAACUGGAGACUCCAAUUUAACAAAACAUCAAAUUAAGUCUACUCAAAUUCUGGUUACAACGCCUGAAAAGUGGGAUAUCAUUACAAGAAAGAUGUCAGAUAUUUCGUAUGUACGUUUAGUGCGGCUACUAAUUAUUGAUGAAAUCCACUUGCUGCAUGAUGAAAGAGGUCCUGUAAUCGAAAGCAUAGUUUCAAGAUCAAUUCGUAAUGACGAGAUAUCAGGAAAUGAACCAGUAAGAUUGGUUGGUCUUUCCGCCACUUUGCCCAACUUUAAUGAUGUCGCCACUUUUUUGAGAGUUGAUGAAAGCAAAGGUUUAUUCUACUUUGAUGGGUCUUACCGCCCCUGCCCCCUGGCUCAGCAAUUUGUGGGUAUUCUAGAAAAAAAGGCGUUGAAGCGAUAUCAAGCGAUGAACCAGGCUUGCCUUGAUAAGGUGAUAGAUAAUCUUCAAGGGGAUCACCAAAUUAUUGUUUUUGUGCACUCAAGGGUAGACACAGCUAAAACGGCAAGAUAUCUAAUGGAAAAUUUAAGUGCGUGCAAUAAGUUAGACCUUCUCCAAAAAACAGAUCUCGGCUCAAAAGAAAUUCUCAGGGAAGAAUCAAAGUCUUUUAGCAGUGAAGAUCUGAGAAAUCUAGUUGUCUCAGGAAUCGGCAUUCAUCAUGCCGGAUUGAACAAGCAAGAUCGUUCUUUGGUAGAAGAUUUAUUUGCAGAUGGAUAUGUUCAGGUUUUAGUUUCCACGGCGACGUUAGCUUGGGGUGUGAAUCUUCCUGCUCAUACUGUUAUAAUUAAGGGGACAUCUGUUUAUUCCCCUGAGAAGGGAGUUUGGUCUCAGCUUGCUCCUCAAGACAUUCUUCAAAUGCUUGGAAGAGCCGGCAGGCCUCGUUACGAUAAGACUGGUGAAGGAAUAAUAAUAACAGUCCAGGAAGAAGUUCAAUACUACUUGGCAAUUUUAAACCAACAGCUACCGAUUGAAUCCCAACUCAUGAGUAAGAUACAUGAUUGCUUAAAUUCUGAGAUCGUCUUAGGAACAGUAACCUCACGACAGGAAGCGGUUUCGUGGUUUUCUUACUCUUACCUAUUUGUUCGUAUGCUUCGAUCUCCUGCGUUGUAUCAUGUGGGCCCUGAAUACAGUCAAGACAAAACUCUGCUGGAAAUGAGAUUGGACAUAUGUCAUUCGGCUCUCACCCAGCUGCAAAAGAAUGGAUUGAUAUCAUUUGACCCUUUAUCCGGAAAAGUCUGGCCCAAUUACUUAGGGAGAAUCUCAUCCUACUUCUAUAUUGACCACAGUACCAUAUCUCUUUUCAACAAGUUUCUAAAACCAUAUUCUACUGAUAUUGAUCUACUAAGAAUAUUCAGUCAAUCUUCUGAAUUUAGAUUUAUUCCUGUGAGAUUAGAUGAAAAACUGGAGCUGAAAAGGAUUUUACAAAGCAUCCCCAUUCCUGUGAAGGAUACAGCAGAGAAUCCACUCACUAAGGUCAAUAUUUUAUUACAGUGUUAUAUAUCUCAUUUGAAACUGGAAGGUUUUGCAAUAGUUCAGGAUAUGAUCUAUAUCACCCAGUCUGCUUCCAGAAUUCUUAGAGCUAUUCACGAAAUAGCUCUAAAGAAGAGGUGGGCUACAGUUUCAAAGUAUUCUUUGGAGUUGUAUAAAAUGGUCAACAAACGAAUGUGGCUUUCAAGCUCUCCCUUCCGCCAGUUUCCUAAUGUUCAUCCAGAGAUAAUUAGAAAAAGCGAAAGCUCUGUUCUUCCUUGGAGCUAUUACCUGGGAUUGACUGAAUCUUCUGAAAUGGCACAGGCUAUUCGAAGCGAAAAGCUUGGGCUUGCAACUUUAAAGCUGGUCAAACAGUUUCCAAAGUUGACUAUGAAUGCCAAUUUUCAACCAAUUACCCAUUCAUUGAUGCGAAUUGAAGUGGUCAUCUAUCCCGAAUGGGAAUGGAAUGUCUCCUUACAUGGGUUUGCAGAAUCGUUUUUGCUACUUGUUGAGGAUUGCAAUGGCGAAAGGAUUCUUUUUUGUGACACAAUAGUGAUAAAGAAACAAUACAUCAAAGAGGAGCAUAUCGUUGAAUUUACUGUUCCAAUCCUGGAGCCCUCAGAACCCAAUUAUUUUAUUACUCUAGUUUCUGAAAAUUGGCUUCAAUGUGAAUAUAAGAUUCCCUUAAUGUUGACACACUUGAAACGUCCAAAGAAAUAUCGACCCCCCACGCCACUAGAAGAAGUGCCUUUGAUUCCUGUUCACAACUUAAAUUUACCUGAGUGCAGGACUGUCUUUGAUUUCGAAUUUUUCAAUAAGUUUCAAACUCGAGUAUUCAAUUCAGUUUUUGAGACCGACGCAAGUGCCCUUAUUUGUGCCAAUAAGGGGUGCGGAAAAACUGUAAUUGCUGAGCUAGCCCUUCUUCGACUUUGGUGCUCUGGUAACGGAAGAGCCAUAUAUGUUUCACCCUGUGACGCAACAAUUGCUAAGAUUUAUAAAAUCUGGAGGAGGAAGUUCAAGUCUGUUGCCGGCGGAAAGGUCAUCAAAGUGCUUACUGGUGAAUUAAACUCCGAUCUAAAAUUGUUGUCCAUUUCGGAUGUAAUAUUGGCAACACCGGCGCAUUUAGACCAACUUUGCCGACGAUGGAAGAAUAGAAGUGUUGUUCAAUCAAUUGAACUAGUAGUUGCCGAUGAUUGCCAUACUGUUGGGAAUGGCUAUAAUGGAUUCAUUUACGAAGUUGCCUUAUCCAGGAUUCGAAUAAUGGCAAUCCAGUUAUCCAAACCUAUUCGAAUUGUAGGUCUGAGCAACCCCCUUGCUAGGGCUGACGACUUUGGAAGUUGGUUAGGAGUAGAGAUAGAUCACAACUACAAUUUUGACUCGAAGGAAAGGAUUGCACCUUUGGAGAUAGAGAUAAAAUCCUCAGAUAUUAAAGAGAACCAUUCGAUGAUUCUUGCAAUGCUGAAGAUUGGAUUUCAGGCCAUUUCGGACAAGUUUGGUAGCUCUGUUGUCUUUCUACCCGAUACAGAACUUUGUUUCGAAGUCGGUCAAGAGCUUUUGACAUUAUUUAGAAAGCGAAAUUACAAUGGAAGCUCUCAGAAGUUUCAACCCCCAGUUGACUCAAAACACUUGGCUGGCAUCCGAGAUGUAAGGCUAAAGCACUUAAUCUCUCAAGGCAUUGGGAUUUUAUAUCAAGGGAUAGCUGGCAAUGAUCAGAAUACGAUAGAGAACUUGUAUGAAUUAGGCUGUUUGAAAGUUAUCAUAUGCUCUCGAGACGUUGUCUCAUUGGCGCCACCUUGUGACUUUGCAUGCGUUAUGGGUACUCAAUUUUAUGAAGGGAGAGAACACAGAUACAUCGACUAUUCAAUAUCAGAUAUACUCGAAAUGGUCGGUGUCUCGUCUUUGCAAGCCCUGAUUGUUACUAAUUCUGGAAAAUUGGAUUACUAUACAAAAUUUCUCAGUGAACCCCUACCAGUGGAGAGCCACCUUUCCCUCUUCCUAACUGAUGCGUUUGUCAAUGAAAUAAGCUGUCAGGUGGUUAGAAACAGACAAGAUUGUAUUGAUUGGCUUACCUAUACGUUCUUUUACAGACGAUUACAGUUAAAUCCGUCGUACUAUGGUGUGACCGAUGUUUCUAGUGUAGGCUUAUCUGAGUAUUUAUCAGAACUGGUGGAAACUACGGUGAAUGAAUUAACUGAAUCUCAGAUGAUUGAGUUUCAAGAAGUAGAUGAUGAUGAAAUUAAGGAUGUUGUUGAGAUUGUACCACUAACGGCAACAAUGAUUGCCUCCUACUACAAUGUCUGUUUCUCUACUAUGCAAACAUUCAUCCUAUCACUUUCACCGAAAACGAAAUUGAAAGGGAUGUUGGAGAUUGUGGCAUCUGCCGCAGAGUUUGAUUCAAUACCAGUUAGAAAACAUGAAGAGGGUAUCCUGAACCGGCUUUACGAUCAAGUCCCAAUCAAGUGUAGUACUGGUGCAAGCAUUGAGUCCCCUCGAGUAAAAGCCCUAAUUUUAAUACAAGCGCACUUUUCAAGGACUAAAUUGACUCCUGAGCUGCAUUAUGAUCAACAAUUUGUGCUCAGAAAAAUGUUAAACUUGGUAUAUACUUGUGUGGACAUUUUAUCGGGGGAAGGACACUUGAAUGCCAUAACAGCUAUGGACCUCUCUCAGAUGGUAGUCCAGGGGAUUUGGAAGAAUGAAAGUCCCCUGAAGCAGAUACCAUUUUUCGAUAACGCCGCUUUAUUGCGCCGUUGCCAAGAGGCGAGAGUGGAAACUAUAUUUGAUAUCAUGUCCAUGGAAGACGAUGAGCGAGACAAUUUGUUGAAGCUAUCCAAUGCGCAGCUCCAGAAAGUAGCUGAAUUCGUGAACAAAUUCCCCAAUGUUGAUAUUGAUUACGAGUUGGAUAUCACUGAAGGUACUAUAAUAGUUGACGAGGAGAGAGAAAUAAUAGUUACACUUACCAGAGAUGAACAACCUGAGGAUCUCACUGUUAUUUCUUCGGUAUAUCCCUAUACAAAAACAGAGAACUGGUGGCUCGUUAUUGGUUGCUCCCAUUCAAAAGAGCUUUAUGGUAUCAAACGUACAAGAAUUUCUAAACAGCAAGAGCAAGUUAAAGUUACUUUCUCGGUUCCUUCCCCAGGAUCCCACGAGAUAACACUCUGGUGCAUGUGUGAUUCUUAUAUGGAUGCAGAUAAGGAAGUAAGCUUCGAGCUUAGAGUGGAAGAUAAUCAAAUCCGUAUAUGA